CAUACGAUGGUCUCGAUAAUGUGGGGUUAAAAAAUUCGAUUAUCGGAGCGCCCUCUAUCCAUAUUUUGACAUCUCGAUGUCAAAGAUUAGCUGUUUCCGCUAUCACCAGUAAAAAAAUAUAACCAUGGAUUCUGACUCCUGUUCGUCGAGUAAACAAUUGAAUAGGAACAAAUUUAAACGAACGCAACAUAAAAAAGUUUACCACAAACAGCACACAAAGGGUUCGAAUUUCAAUGCAGCUGAAUCGAGAAAAAACAAAUCGAAUGGUAGAAACACUGACGAUGACGGCAGCUUUGACGAAUUUUCAAACAAAUUGCUAUCUCAACUGGAUUGUCGAUUUGCUGAGCUCAGCGAUGACGAUGAACCCGAGAGUGGCAAGAUUUUUGAAGAUCUCUUGAAUGCACCUGUCUCCACCACAUCUUUCACAUUUGAAAGUGAAAAGAAAUGGACUUGGGAUGCAUCUCAGUUCGAGGAGUAUUUUUCGCUCGAUGUCAAGCAUUUAUCACGAAUAUUCAACUGCAUUCCAUUCACUGAAUAUAUGAGCAUCGAGGACAAAUACCUGAGUAAGGAUGAGUUCACAUUGAUCAACUCCUCGGCCGAACAAGCAAGGAAGGAUUAUGACAGAGAAAUGGAGUCGUCACUCCUUUCACAGCUAGACAUUAAAGAGCCAGCUGGUGAGGACAAGAACUCUGGAAGCAAGGAUCACAGAGCAGCUCAAGAACAAUUUAGCAGUGCUGAAUCCAUGGACGAAGAUCUGGAUUUCCUAUUAUCCCUGAAAGAACCUGUACGAGUAACACCUGUGAAUCCUUCAUUUCCUGCAUCUCGUGGUAGUGAAAAUUCGAAAAGAAGGAGCACUGCCAAUCCGACGAAGUCCAUUGACUUAGAGAAAUGGCUGGAUUCAGUCCUCGAUGAUUGAUAUUUUUUCCUGUCGGCCUCUGUAUAUGUGUACAGUAUCAUAGAUGAUAGGAUAAGAGGCGAAAAUGAAUUAUUUUGGAUUGUUUAUUUCAUGGUAUUGUUUAAUGGCGGCAAUUAGAAUUCAAUUGAUCAUGUGAAAUGACAGGAAGGCAUGCAUGUAGUCAUAGACGACGAGCAUUAUCGCCCCUCCAGGGCCCAGUCGAAGGACUUUAGGCAGCAGCCCUUUGUAUAGUGCUGAAAAUCUGGAAAUACAUUGCAAUUAUGAUUAUAA